CUGCGCGCGUCCUAGUACCUCAUUUCACCAGUAGCGCGUCGUCGCGACACAUUGAUACAUUACCGGACGGCUGCUGCAUCAAUUCCUAAGGCUCGCCGCUUCAGGACAGUGCAGUGGGUGCUGCACUGCCAGCAGGUUGCAAAGAGUAAAUAGGAGUCGCAGCGAUGCGCACAUUGACGGCGUCGGCGCGCGUCUUGCGAAGACUGAAACCGCGGAGGCUUCUGGCGUCGCUGCCGCACGUCGUCGAGCACGACGGCACGCGGGCCGAAAGGAGCCUCAUCCUGCUGAAGCCGGACGCGGUGGAGCGGCGCCUCGUGGGCCGCAUCCUGAGCCGCUUCGAGGACCGCGGCCUCGCGAUCGUCGCGCUGCGGCAGCGAAUCUGCGACCGCGCGCUGGCCGAGGCGCACUAUGAGGAACAUCGCGACAAGCACUUCUUCGGGCGCGCCUGCGCGUUCCUCUGCGCCGGGCCGCUCGUGAGCGCCUGCCUCGAGGGCCGCGGCGCCGUCGCCGCCGCACGCAAGCUGGUCGGGCCGACGGACCCACGCGACGCCGCACCCGGCACGAUCCGCGGCGACCUGGCGACGCACUGGCGGCGGAACCUGGUGCACGCGUCGGCGAGCGCCGACGACGCGGAGCGGGAGAUUGGGCUGUGGUUCGACAGCACCGAUCUUUGUCCGCCGGCGGCCGCGCUCGACGCGUGGCUGUACGAGAUGCCAGGGGCGAGGAUUGGGUUCGACGACGAUGAUGACGAGCAGGGGGUGUCCUAAGAUCUGGAG